UCUGCGAAUACAUCUUCCACUCUCAAUAGCCAUGCCAGGCAAAAAGAAUACCAUUGUCUACGCAUGCUGUCCGGAGCCCUACGUGGAUGUAACGUUCACCAUACAAAUCCGUCGGCGUACGCUGUAUUAUUUUUUUAAUUUAAUUGUGCCAUGUGUGCUGAUAUCAUCGAUGGCUUUACUAGGAUUUACACUACCUCCCGACUCGGGUGAAAAACUAACAUUAGGAGUUACAAUUCUUCUAUCGCUCACAGUGUUUCUCAACCUUGUAGCUGAGACAUUGCCCCAAGUAUCUGAUGCAAUCCCCUUGUUAGGCACCUACUUUAAUUGCAUUAUGUUUAUGGUCGCCUCAUCUGUGGUACUGACCGUGGUCGUACUUAACUAUCAUCAUCGCACUGCGGACAUACACGAGAUGCCACCAUGGAUUAAAUCCGUUUUUCUACAAUGGCUCCCAUGGAUUUUACGUAUGGGAAGACCGGGACGUAAAAUUACAAGAAAAACAAUAUUGCUUAGUAAUCGUAUGAAAGAAUUAGAACUGAAGGAACGUUCUUCUAAAUCACUAUUAGCAAAUGUUCUUGAUAUUGACGAUGAUUUUCGACAUACAAUGUCGGGGUCGCAAACAGCGAUUGGAUCAUCGGCAAGCUUUGGCCGGCCAACGACGGUUGAAGAACAUCAUAAUACGAUAGGAUGUAAUCAUAAGGAUUUGCAUUUAAUUCUCAAAGAAUUACAAUUUAUAACUGCACGAAUGCGUAAAGCAGAUGAUGAGGCGGAACUAAUAAGCGAUUGGAAAUUCGCUGCAAUGGUUGUGGAUAGAUUUUGUUUAAUUGUUUUCACACUUUUUACAAUUAUUGCAACGGUGACUGUGUUGCUGUCGGCCCCACACAUAAUUGUGCAAUAAGUCCGAUAAAAACUCAACAUUCGGAAAAAAAUUUAUAAAAAUAUA